AUUCGGAGAAGAAAGAAAAAAAAAAUCAAUCUAUCGCCAUGUUUCACACAGAUAUAUCUGUCAAACGCUUAUAACAGCUUUAUUGGACUUUUGUGUCCGUGAGAUUGGAAACACGCAUGUGUGUUGUCACUUAGAUUCUGAAGAUAGCGCUGAAGUGGAUGUUCGGAGCGCAGGACGGUGAUUUUACAAGUGUCUUUUAAUACAAUUGAAGUGGCACGCAAUGCACCAUGGAGGAGGCCCACCAAAUAUGCAGAGGAACCUUCAGAGAUCCAAGUCCUUCACUGGAUCUGAGGCAGAAGAACAGCAGCAGCAGCAUGCCCUGCCGGUUACACAGCAACAGUCUGCAAAUGCUGCUCACCCCCAGUCACCGGUGACAUCUUUUGCUCCGUCCGCCAGUCCCUCUGCACCACAGUCUCCCAAUUAUCAAAUCAUUAUGAGUCGGAGUCCGGUCACAGGCCAGAACAUGAACAUCACUUUACAGAACGUGGGACCAAUGGUUUCUGGGAACCAGCAAAUCACCCUCACCCCUCUUCCUCUCCAGAGCCCAACAUCCCCUGGCUUUCAGCACCAGCCUCAGCAGUGGAGGUUCGAGUCUGGGUCUUCGUCUUACGUGGUGACAUCACCCUUGCCCCAGACCAUCCAGCCUCAAAGUCCGACCCAGCACAGUCCAGUUCCUAUACAGGCUGUGCCCAGGCCGAACGCUCCUGGGUCGGCUCUGGGAGUGUGCGCUCAAAGCCCGACGAGGUUUGUGGAGGCAGGGAUAAUGGUUAGGCAAAUCAACUUGGGCAGCCCACCUGGAAGUAGUCAUUUUGUGUACCAGGAUGGAACAGGAUUGGCUCAGCUGGCUCCAACAACAGCUGGAGCCGUUCAGCUAACCUCACCUGGAACACAAGGGGCUGUCAGAGAAAGACGCCUGUCCCAGCCACACUCUCAAACUGGGGGCACCAUUCACCAUUUGGGGCCGCAGAGCCCUGUUGCGGCAGGGGCUGCUCUCCCCACAUUGGGCAGCCCUGGGCACAUCACCACCUCCAAUCUGCCUCCUCAGAUCAGUAGCAUCAUCCAAGGCCAGUUAGCGCGUCCCAUGAUUUUUGAGAAGACGGGGCAAGGCGUUGUGGCUGGUGUGGCGGCCCCAGCGUCUGCCUCUUAUGGGGUCCCAUCUGCAAUCCCUCCAUCCAGCCCAUCCAGGAGCAACCCUCCCCAGGGCCUCGCCAAUCAGUCCCUCACCCCCACCAGCAUGAAGAAGAUGCAGUCGAAGAAGCUGGAGGAGAUUGCACCCUCAAAUCCAGAAGUAGCACAGUUGAGGAAGCAGUGUCUGGAGCAUCAUGCAAAGAAGAUGGAGAGUCUGAAGGAUGUGUUUAAGGAGUACCUGAUUGAGCUCUUUUUCCUGCAGCAUCUGCAAGGGAACAUGAUGGACUACCUUGCUUUUAAGAAAAAGCCUUGUGUGCCUCUUUUCACCUACCUGAGGCAAAAUGAUCUUGACCUUGAAGAUGAAGAGGAGGAGGAAGAGCAGUCUGAGGUCAUCAAUGAUGAGGUGAAAGUAGUGACUGGAAAGGAUGGACAGACGGUGACUCCUGUUGCUAUAGCUACACAACUCCCACCCAACGUGUCUGCAGCGUUCUCUGCUCCGCAGCAGUUCCAGACCCAUGCCGGGGUGACAGGUGGCAGCAUCUCGAACCCUGUGGACAUGGAAACUUUCAAACGGCAGCAGGCCAUGGCACAAGCAGAUCAGGCUAAGAGGUCCCGGAUGGAAGUGGGUCGGCAUGGGAUGAUAUUCCAGCACCCCGCUGUAACUCCUUUAGGAUCUCCCGGCGUUCCCCUCCAGCAGCUCAUGCCGACAGCGCAAGGAGGCAUGCCCCCGACCCCACAAACAGUCCAGAUUGGUGGGCAGAAACAGAAUCAGCAGCAGUACGACCCGUCCAAAGGUCCCCCUGUCCAGAACGCCGCCAGUCUUCACACACCACCCCCACAGCUUCCAGGCCGCCUCCCCCAGGGCGGGCUCUCUAUGGCUGGCCUGCCUCUCUCCCUGUCCCAGGGCCAGGCCAUGCUGGUGGACCAGCAGACUCCGGUGGCUGGUGGUCAGCUCCAGGUGAAGGUACAGGUUGCUGGGGCCGUGCUGGCUCCAGUCAACCCACAUGCGCAGCUGCAGGCACAGCUUCAGCAGAUGCAGUCAGGGCUCCACCUACAGAUGCAGCAGUCGGUCAUGCAGCCUGGACAGGCAACUGUGGCACUUGUGCGUCCUGGAUCAGAUUCCUCCCAACCUGCCCAGCGUUUGAUGUGCAACUCUCUCUCCAACCCUGCCAUGUCUCCUGCUCCUCUAACAUCCCCGUCCUCUCUCCCCUCCCCACACCCUUCUGCCCCGGUCCGCACCCCCAGCACUGGCCCCAGCCUCUCUCCUGCCGCCCAGUCCAAACUCGCUGCCACGAAUGGCACCACCGGGCUGAAAAUAUCCAGUCUGGGUCAGAGUCCAGUUGGGCAAAACUCACAAGAAUGCUCUCAGGACAAGCAAGCAGAGCAAGCCAAGCUGGAGAGUCAUGUGCACCAGCGCAUUGCAGAGCUCCGUAAAGAAGGGCAGUGGUCAGCUAGCCGCUUACCCAAGCUGCAGGAGACCUGCAGGCCCAAAUCCCUGUGGGACUACCUGCUGGAGGAGAUGCAGUGGAUGGCUGCUGACUUUGCCCAGGAAAGGCGCUGGAAGAUGGCUGCUGCCAAGAAGCUUGUGCGCACAUGUGCACGUUACCAUGUUGAACAGAAGACCACGGAAGAACGUGAGAAGCGGGAAGAGGAGAUGAGGCUGCGGCAGAUUGCCAGCACUAUCGCCUGUGGGGUUGACUCUUUCUGGUCAAAUAUUGAACAGGUUGUGGAAAUCAAGCUGCGUUUUGAGAUCUAUGACAAACGACAAAAAGUUCUUAACUUGCAGAAGGCUGCGAGUAAAGGCCAGUGUGCUAAAGUGACCCAGUCAUCUGGACAGAAGUCAGAUAAAGAGAGUAAAGGGCAGGACACUGGCCCAUCCCGAAAGAGAAAGUCGAGCACCUCUCUUUCUGAUGUAGAGGUUGAAGAUGAGGAAAGUACAAUAGAGGAGCAGGAGGCGAUGGAGGUGGCAGCUGAUCAGAAAGCAGAGCUGGCCGAAUUAACAAAAGAAGCUGAAGUGCCAUUGGAUGAUCUGGUGAAGCAGUACGCUGGUGCUUACGCAGAGGGCUUCGAGUGGCCGCAGCCUUCCAGCCAGAGCGAAGAUGAAGACCGAGAGGAAGCUGAUGACAAGCAUUCUCCGUUGGCCAGUCCACAUGAUGCAGUGCUGAUAGAGUCUUUGCUGAGCAUGGAUCAGUACCGUGGGGCUGAGCGGAAGGCUUUUGGCCCUGAUGGGAAACCCACAAAAGAUAUCGCUGAGGUUGCUGCAGCAACGGACCUGAUUCUCCCCAAAGGCAGCGCCAGGACCACUCUAACUAGUCGUUCCUCUCCUCCUGCUCUGCUGCAUGGCUCUCUGAGAGAGUACCAGCAGGUCGGGGUGGAGUGGCUCUCAAGCCUCCACCGCAAAAACCUUAACGGCAUCCUGGCAGAUGAAACUGGCCUUGGCAAAACUGUACAGACUGUGGCUUAUUUUGCUCACCUUGCCUGCAACCAGGGUAUCUGGGGACCACAUUUAGUGGUGGUGAGGACCUGUAAGCUGCUGAACUGGGAGAUGGAGUUCAAACGCUGGUGUCCUGGACUGAAGAUACUCCUGUACCUUGGCAGCAGGAGGCAGCGCAGACACAAGAGAUCGCGGUGGUGUGAGCCCAACAGCUUCCACGUGUGUGUGACUUCAUACAAGCUCCUGCUGAAAGAUCAGUCUCACUUCCUGAGGAGGCGCUGGAGGCACCUGGUGCUAGACGAGGUGCAGCUCAUCAAAAACAUGACGCAGAAACACUGGGAGACCAUCUUCAACUUAAAAAGUCAGCAGAGGAUCCUCUUAAUCAACACACCUCUGCAGAACACUCUGAAAGAGUUAUGGACCAUGAUCCACUUCCUCCUGCCUGGAAUCACUCACCCAUACCUCAACUUCCCCAUCAAACCCGGCACUGAUCAGAACCAGGACUACUGCCACAAACUGGUCAUCAGACUGCACAGGGUGAUUCAGCCCUUCAUCCUGCGCCGUUCCAAGAGAGACGUGGAGAAGCAAAUGCCUAAGAAGUAUGAGCACAUUCUCAAGUGUCGUCUGUCCAAGAGGCAAAAAAGCAUGUAUGAGGACAUCCUCAUCCAGCCCAGUGCACAGGAAGCACUGAAGACAGGACAUUUUGUCAGAGUCCUGGAGGUUCUUAUGCAGCUGCAGAAGAUCUGCAACCAUCCAGACCUGAUCCAGCCCAGAGACACACACAACUCGUAUAUAUGUCAACCACUGCAGUACAACACCCCAUCGUUACUGCUCACAGCCCUGCAGCUGGACCAGUGGAAGACUGUAGAUAUGUCACUGUUUGACUUGAUCAGUAAUGAGGGAAAACUGACCCGUUACGAGGCUGAGGAGGCUCUGCCAAAACUCAGAAUGACCAAACAGCUGAUCGAAGAGAUCUACAGUGGGCACGACCCACCAGCCAGACCCAGACCAUGCAAGAUCAAACCCAUGAGGUUGUUUCUGCCAGUGCAGUAUGGGACUAAACCAGAGGGUCAUCUGGUCCCCAUGACUAGCAGCACCACUCAAGCCCCCCAUGCCACUGCUGUGACUGCUGCCCCCACCACCACUACCAGCCCUGCUACUGCAGCUCCAGGCACACAGCCCAGAGGCAAAGCACCUCUUACCACAACCACUUCUGCACAUGGUGUGACAGGGGUCACCACUAUGUCUGCCCCUUCCGCCCACCCCCUCCUGCCCAGUUUGGUACCCCAGAGGCUGGUGCUCAGCUCCCAGGCCCAGGCACGCUUGCCUAGUGGAGAUGUAGUGAAGGUUGCUCAGUUGGUUGGGCAGGGUCGGAUUGCCCAGCCAGAGACCCCUGUGACCCUGCAGUUCCAGGGCAACAAGUUCACCUUGUCUCCAAGUCAGCUGCGACAGCUCACCACGGGCCAGCCCCUGCAGCUCCAAGGUACACUCGGCAACAUCUUGCAAAUUGUGUCAGCCCCUGGGCAGUCUCUUCUCAGGCCACAGGGGCCGGCCAUGGUGAUGCCUACCAUACCUCAGGCUGUGCCUGUCCAGAACUCCUCAGGCACGACUCCCCCUGCCAGCUCCAUGCCACCGCAAGCAGGCACCACAGGCACUCCAGCUACCACAGACAUGGCAACAAAUGCUAAACGCACAACAAACGCCACAACACAGGAGUCAAGCGAGGAAAGAAACAGGCGGCUGAAAGAGCGUCUGGCUAGUUUAUUUCAUGCCAAUGAACGGCGGUCCUCGCGCUCGGUGAUGUAUGGUUCUGACCUGAUCAAGACCUGCUCUGUUUAUGAUGGACACCCUCCACCAACCUUCCCCGCACCCCAGCACUCCCGCUGGUCCUGGGUCGGCAGAGACAGCUGUAUUAGGGCUCAGCAGACAUGUGUGUCCACGGUUGCUCCCCUUCGCUCAGUGAUUCUCUCCAACACCGAGCAGGAGGCAGCAGCAGGCACCUUGCAGAAGAGGUUCUCCUGCAUACUUCCUGCUGCUGUGGCCCCUCCCCCUCAGCUGUAUGCAUCCAAUCCUCCACCUUCUUACAGCCUAGCACAAAAAUCAUUCAGGCGACGGCUACAGGAAGUGUCCGCUCCACAAAACGCAGAGAUCCGUAACUUAGCCUGUCCUCCUGUCGUCAGGUUCCCUGAUGUACACAUGUUGGAGAUGGAUUCAGGAAAACUGGAGGCACUGUCCAUCCUGCUGCAGAAACUGAGCGCUGAGAACAGACGUGUGAUGAUCUUCACCCAGAUGACCAGUAUGCUGGAUAUACUGGAGACCUUCUUAGACCACCGUCACCUCACCUAUGUACGGCUGGAUGAGUCUCUGUCACUGGAGGAGAGACAGGAGCAGGUCAAAAGGUUUAACCGCAACAGACAGAUCUUCUGCACCAUCCUGACCAAUCGCUGCUGCUCAGCCAUGGGCCACGUGUUUGACGCAGAUACCAUCGUGUUUUACGACACAGACCUAAAUCCCAGCAUGGACAUGCGCACACAGGAAUGGUGUGACAAGAUCGGCCGCUCCAAAGACAUCCACAUCUACAGGUUGGAGAGCGGGAACUCGAUUGAGGAGAAGCUGUUAAAGAACGGCACUAAAGACCUUAUAAGAGAGGUAGCUGCACAGGGCAUGGACUACACUGUAGCCUUUUUAACACAGCGCACUAUUCAGGAUCUGUUUGAGGUUGAAGCUGGUUCUGGAGAGAAGGUGGAGGAGUUUGUGGUUCUCCACCAGGAGCCAUCAUCAUCCGAAUCCAUCCCCCCUCACGUGGCAAGACCCUACAUCCAGGCCCUGAACACCAUCCGACUGGAAGCCCAGUACGAGGAGGAGGAGGAGGAGACGGAGGUAGACACAAAAAGUGAGAAAGUGGGAAGACAAGAAGUAAUGGAUGUGGUGGAAGGAGUGAGAGAGGAGGCAUCACAGAUAGAGGAGCUGGCAGCAGUCAUGGAGCAGCUGACUCCCAUUGAGAGAUACGCACUGCACUAUCUGGAGUACCUGCACAUCAGCGAGGAUGAACAGGUCAUAAAGGAGCGCUUGGAAGCUGGUAAGAGAGGCUGGGAGCAGCAGCAGCAACAGAAACUAAAGGUAGAGAAAGAGGAACAAAUGAUCCUAGAAGAUGAAGAGGAUCUGUUCACCUACACCAGAGAGGAUGCAUACAACAUGGAGUAUGUGUUCGAGAAUGAGGAUGGACAAACAGAAAUAAUGCCGCUGUGGACUCCCCCAACUCCUCCACAGGAUGAUAACGAUAUCUACAUUGACUCUGUAAUCUGCCUCAUGUAUGACACUGCGCCUAUGCCCGAAUCCAAACUGCCCCCAGUCUAUGUCCGUAAAGAGCGCAAGAGACACAUGGAUCCGUCAGCUCUGGGACGUAAGAAAAAGAAGGGCCAUGGAGAAUCCGUGAUUCCUCCGCGCUCUCUCUUUGAUAAGGCCAGUCUGCUCAAAGUAAGGCGGGAAGGCAAAGACCAGAAGAAGAACUUCUCUCUGAAGCAACAGGCUCCCUUUGCCAAACCACUGCCCUCACUGCUCAAACCAGCCAUGGAGGCUGGGCAGGACAACCCUGAGUGGCUCAUCAGUGAAGACUGGGCCCUGCUACAGGCUGUGAAGCAGUUACUGGAACUUCCUCUGAACCUGACCAUCGUGUCUCCAGCGCACACUCCUAACUGGGACCUGGUGAGCGAUGUGGUCAACUCCUGUAGCAGAAUUUACCGCUCGCCGAAACAAUGCCGUAACCGCUAUGAGAAUGUCAUCAUACUCCGAGAGGAGGGCAAGCUAAUAUAUGAAGCUAACCCUAAGAAGAACAAGACCAAGAGCAUUUAUAAGUCCAAGAAUAGUCGUCCUCUGCGCACGUGUCAGAUCUACACACAGGAUGACAACGCCACCCAGAUCCAGCUAUACAACAACCGCUUUGAGCUGAUGAAAAUCAUUGCUAGCAAGAGGAGCCCGCCAAUAAAACCACUACUGGGCAUGAAUCCAUUCCAGAAGAAUCCCAAGCAUGCCUCUGUGCUGGCUGAGAGUGGGAUAAGCUACGACAAGCCUCUGCCUCCUAUCCAGGUUGCCUCUCAGAGAGCUGAAAGAAUAGCUAAAGAGAAGAAGGCACUAGCCGAACAGCAGAGGGCUCAGCAGUUAGCCCAGCAGCAACAGCCGCAGACCACAGGAGCCGCGCAGCCUCAGGGAGCCGCUGCCCAGCCUCAGGCCACUGCAGCAGCCGCACAGACAGCGGGAGUGACCCAGCCCACCCAACCCGGAGCAGCAGCAGUCCCCAACACCACUCUACUGACUGGAGCUAUCAAGUCCGCUGCAGUUGGCACAAGUAUCCAGCCAGCGACAGCUACAGUGAAUGGAAACGUGAUCGUCAACACUGUGGCUGGAGUUCCUCCUGGUCAGGUCCAGGCGAACAAGCGUCUGGCAUCUCCUGUCAUUCCUACGGCAGGAACGGCCACGGCUCAGGUGGUUCACACUCAGCAGAGAGCAGUACCUGCAGCGGCUGCCCCAGCUGAGGUCGUUGCCAUUGCGACGGGUCAGAGCGUGAGAGCUGUUACCCCAGUGACUGCAUCAGCUGUGGUGUCCACUAAUCUGACUCCGGGUCAGUCCCAAACACGCACGCUGGUUGCUCCAGCUCCCGGUAUGCAGUUCUCUCAGAGUAAACCACUCACGCCAGCUCAAUUCCAACAAUUCCAACUCCGACAACAGUUACAGCAGCAGCAACAAACACAGGCGACAUCUCCACAGAUCAAAGCAGUAGGAAAGCCACAGCAGCAGAAGCAGAAGCUGCAGAUGGCGCAGCAGCAGGUUGCAGCGGCGGUAGCAGCAGCUCAAGGUCAGCAGGCUGCAUCUACUCAGCAGCCACAGCAGGUGGCUGCGUCCAACCCUCAGAUAGCGGCAGUCGCUGCGCCCAGAGCAGGAGCUGUGCUGACUGGAACUGCCGUCGCCAAUUUACAGGUGGCCAGACUGACACGUGUCCCAGCCCAAGGACCCAUUCAGGCUCAGCAGGGUCAAACCGCUCAGGUGACUCUGACCAAACCACCUCCUGUCGUCUCAGUUCCUGCUGUGGUCUCCUCCGCCGGAGUCACGACCCUUCCUGUAACUGUGGCCGGCAUCAGUGUUGCCAUCGGGCAAGCGCAGAAAGCAGGUGGUCCAGUGGUGACCCACCCGUUCCAGGUGCAGCUGUUGCAGAGACAAAAGCAGCAGGCAGCUGCUCAAGCGGCUGCAGUCCAGAAGGCAGCACAGCCACAGCAAACACAGGCUGCAGUUCAGCAGAAGCUGGGCGCACAGCAGGCCGCUCAGACCGCAGCCCAACAGCAGCAGAAAGUGACAUACACUGCCACCACUCAACUUCAGCCUGGCAUUAAGACCCAGUUCUUCACCUCCAUUGCACAGCCACAGAAACCUGCUACAACACAGCAGAUACAGGUCGCUAAACUUCCUCAAAUAGUUCAGCAGCAGUUAGUAUCCUCACCUCAACAGAUCCAGGCUCAGCCUCAGACAGUGGCGCUGACGCAGGCAGCCCCCGCAGCAGGUUCGGCACAGGCCCAGGUGCAAGUCAUCCCCGCAGGCACCCCCGCAGCCACACAGGUGGUGCAGCAGAAGCUCCUCCAGCAGCAGGUCGUUACAGCAGCAGCCGUCUCCCCUCAAAUCCAGACCCCAGCACCACACAGCCCUGCCCAGCAGCAGAGCGCCGCGGCACCCACCGUCUCCGAGUCUCCAGCACAGCAGGCCACAGCCCCCCCGCAGCCCCAGCAGGGCAAAGGAAACACCCGCACUGGGGCUGCCAUGCGCUCCAAAACCCCCGGUAAACCCAGCGGUGGCAGCUAGAGAGUCAUAGGAAGAGGAAGUACCCGGGCACAACAUAGGGCUGCUUUUUGGUUUGUUUUUGUUUUGGAAAGACUGACCCUUUGUAAUACAGGAACUCACCAUUGACUGUCUGGAUUGAGCUUUUUACAGUUUGAAGCAACACUCAUAAGCUAACCACGUUUCAUGUUAAUCGAACAUCUCUCUGCCAGUGGCCCUCACACUAUGGCCAAUCUGUUUCUUUUUUUACAGCUUAUUAACUGAUGCUCCUUCUUUAGAAGUCAAGCAUGACUUUACCACAGUACGACGGCUCAUUUUCACACUGAACUCUUUACCGAGCCGCCAAACACUCCCUGUUCUUUUUCUACCAUGCUACAUGCUCUGUUUAUACAGCGUUUAACAUCACAUCCUUAAGGUCAUGGAUCAAGUGCAUUUGGAUCACAACAGCCAUCAGCUUCAACACUUCAUCUGGCUUGCCGGGAACUCUUUUGGCAGAUCGGCUCAACAUUAUUCAUAAUGUUCAAUCAGUCGAAAUGAAUGUGUGUCCUUCCCAGUGUUUUUAGUAGCUGUGGUGGUUUUGUCCCUUUGCUGUUUGUGUCAGUAAAUAUCCCUUUAUUCAAGCAUUUAAUCAAGAUUAGCGAGACUCUACGAACCCAACUCAAUCUUUAGUGGUGUAGAAAUGGCAAACUACCAUUAGUUUGAUACAUGCUCCCUCUCUUUAAAAUAAUCGAAUACAUUAGCUUGUAUC